UUAACCAAACUGAAGCAGUUCAAUGCAGUCAGUUCUCGAUUAGCAUGCCUGCCUACGCCGAGCUACCCACAAACCAGUUAGCUAGCAUAAUUUCUCAUAUAGCUACCAGAAUACAAUCUUUCAAUGUCCCGAUGAGUUAAACGGUCUGAUUGAGAUACUCCUGAUUAACAUGAAUUUAAUCUGUUCGGCGCUUCGGAUCGGUGGGCUGUAAAUCCAGAUCGUUUGAUAACGAUACAUCUAAGCUAACAGGCUAAGAAGCUAACAGCGUCUUCGAUGACAUUUCACUGACAAACACAACAGAACAGUCUGCAUGGCUGACUUGCUGCUGAGUUAGUGUCCGGCCCUUAUGCGAGGAAAGCUGGUCGGCCGGGCCGUGGAGCACUAGAGAGGAGAAAUGGCAGUGCAGAACAGAAACUCUGUGCUGAUCCUGUCGGGUCGGGAGCGAGGAGCUCACAUGCUGGGAUCCCAGCGGCUCCUGCAGCAGCUGGUGGAAGACCGGACGCGCUGGAUGAAAUGGCAGAGCCAGAAAAUAGAGUUGCCGGAUAAUCCACGAUCAACCUUCCUGCUGGCAUUCAGUCCAGAUAGGAACCUUGUGGCCUCAACCCACGUCAACCAUAACAUCUACAUCACAGAUGUUAAAACAGGAAAGUGCCUGCACUCUUUAGUGGGCCAUCGACGCACACCUUGGUGUGUGACCUUUCACCCCACCAUCCCUGGCCUGGUUGCCUCUGGGUGCCUUGAUGGAGAAGUCCGCAUCUGGGACCUGCAUGGUGGUAGCGAAAGCUGGUUCACAGAGAGUAAUGUUGCCAUUGCUUCUCUAGCGUUUCACCCCACGGCUCAGCUCUUGCUCAUCGCCACCAACAACGAACUUCACUUCUGGGACUGGAGCCGACCAGAACCUUUUGCUGUGGUCAAGACUGCCAGCGAGACCGAACGUGUCCGGUUGGUGAGAUUUGAUCCUCUAGGUCAUAAUCUUUUAACAGCUAUUGUGAACCCAUCAAAUCAACAGAAUGAUGAUGACUCCGAGGUCCCCAUGGACAGUAUGGAGAUGGCUUUGUUCCGCCAGCGUUCUCUUUUGCGCUCCCCACCCGUGCGUCGCACACCCAUCCUGCACAAUUUCCUGCACAUAUUGUCCUCUCGCUCUUCUGGGGCGCAGGCUGGUGAUCAAUCCCGCCCUGCCCCUGAGCCCCGAGAGCCUCCAAGCAUGCCCCGGUUCCAAUUCCCAGUGCGGACAGAACCGGGUGACCGCCCUGCCUUACAGGGCUGCACGCAGCAUUUGGGAUUGGGCUGCCUGUGCAGUCGUUGUGCUGCCUCGCGGAACUUAUUCACGCAGAAUCCAACAGGCCUCCAGCCUUCGGAUUCGCCUCAAGCGCAGACUCAGUCGGGCCCCUCUGCCUUCUCGCCUGCUCCAAGCCAGACUCGCACCUCCACGGACCGACCUUCUGCUUUCAGCAGUGUGUUCAGUGGGGCUGCGGGGAACUCUGCACAUCGGGGACUCUUGCCUCUUUGGACUAUUGAUCCCUCGGGGUCACAAGCACCGGGUCCUCUCGAGGCCCCUGGACGUCUUCCCGGGGCUGAUUGGUCUGGUAGUCUGCUGAGCACGGGACAUGAACAUGGGUUAGGUGCGAUUGGGGUGGAAAGCAGCACCGGAAGGGGUGUAGUGCCCCCUCCUAGGACAAGCUCUUCUUCUAUGGAUCUCCUUUCCAUGCAUAGGUUCCCCGAUGGUUCCUCUUCAUCUCCCAUAUACACUUCUGCUACAGAAGGGCGAGGCCUAGUGCUGCCCGGCACGGAGCCCAACCGGGGACGAGCCAAUGACGGCACCAGUAGUGGCCAUCAUCCCUUCUAUGACAACACCCAACGCAACAACCCCGCCUCCAUACGCAAUGUCCUGCAGUGCAACCUGAGCCGUUACUUUAUGGAAUAUGAGCGCAUGCAGGAGUUGGAGCGACCCGGUGGCAGCCGGGAGGUGCCGGGUGGACCGGGACCCAUGCAGGAGCUGCUCAACAGAAGCAUGGACACAGAACGCCCCGGGCCUUCGCAUAAUAGCUCUUCCCACACUGGAAAUGCAGGCACGGCCGCCGGAUCCUCUCAAAACCACCCCAAUCGUUGCCGUUCAUGCCACAACCUCCUCACCUUCAACCACGACACUCAGCGCUGGGAGCGUUCCGGUCAGACGUCUUCUUCCUCUUCCACUCAAGAUGUACCAUCCUGGCCAAUUUCAGUGCCUCCGUUUGAGGACCCAAGCCAGGGUGCACGGGUGGAGGCCCAGGCCCCUGAGAUAAGGCCCAUGGCUUUGAGCGAGACCUCCUCUGGGCUACAGGAACAGCAUCCCAUGGGUCUCAUGUACAAUCAGGAGACGGGGCAGUGGGAAAGCGUGUACCGGCAACCUACGGCAAGCGCUGCUUCUGAGGCAACACCAGACGCCUUAAACCCAGAGGUGCCUGUUGAUAAUCCGGACGAGGACUCACUCAGGAGGAGGUUGUUGGAAUCAUCGCUGUUUCCAUUGUCUCGAUAUGAUAUGUCUGGCUCCAGAGAUCAUCCCAUAUACCCAGAUCCUGCCAGGCUGUCUCCGGCUGCUUACUAUGCUCAGAGGAUGAUCCAGUAUCUGUCUCGGAGAGAAAGCAUACGCCAGCGUUCUUUACAGAAUCGCCUACGGACGCUCUCAAACUCUCAAGCCGACAGCCAGUCCAACAACCCCUCCUCCACACCACCAGAGGCCAGUGAUGGAGACUAUGAGGACAUCGAGGAGCCUGGAGACAGGACAAGACACAGAAUGCCCAGAAAUGCUCGAAUGUCAGCCCCCUCUCUUGGGCGCUUUGUUCCACGGAGGUUCCUGUUACCAGAGUACUUGCCUUACGCUGGACUUUUCCAUGAAAGGGGUCAGGGGUCAGGCCUGGCCACUCACUCCUCCAUUAACAGAGUAUUAGCAGGUGCAUCUAUAGGUGAUGGGCAGUCAGCUGUGGCCAGUAACAUUGCCAACACCACCUAUAGGCUGCAAUGGUGGGACUUCACCAAGUUUGACCUUCCGGAGAUCAGUAAUGCCACUGUGAAUGUACUCGUUCCUCACUGCAAGAUCUACAACGAUGCCAGCUGUGAUAUUUCAGCGGAUGGGCAGCUGCUGGCCGUGUUCAUUCCCAGCAGCCAGCGGGGUUUUGCGGAUGAGGGCAUCCUUGCCGUCUACUCCCUCGCUCCUCAUAACCUGGGAGAGGUGCUGUACACCAAGAGAUUCGGUCCAAAUGCGAUCUCGGUGAGUCUUUCACCCAUGGGCUGCUAUGUGAUGGUGGGUCUGGCCUCCAGACGGAUCUUGCUCCAUCCCACUACUGACCACAUGGUGGCACAAGUGUUUCGUCUACAGCAGCCACACGGAGGAGAGACCUCCAUUAGAAUGAUGUUUAAUGUGGUGUAUCCCAUGGCUCCAGACCAUAGAAGACACGUCAGUAUUAAUUCGGCCCGCUGGCUUCCAGAGCCAGGCAUGGGAUUGGCUUACGGAACCAAUAAAGGCGACCUGGUCAUCUGCAGGCCAGUUGAUUUCCGCAGUGAUGGAGACAGUCCGUCAGAUCUGAACUCGGAGUCUUUGUUUACCGUCAGCAGCAGCAGCAGCGGUGGCAGCAGCCGAACCCGCGGAGUGGAGCGCCCAGGCACCAGCAGGUCUGGCUGGCGAUUUGACCGAGACAUGGGUCUUAUGAACGCUAUUGGCCUGCAGCCGCGUCAGGCUGCCCCUUCUGUGACCUCACAGGGGACGCAGACGCCAGUGGUGCGACUGCAGAAUGCAGAGACACAGACGGAGAGAGAAGCUAGCACCUUCCAGAACGCACACACAUCCAGACACCUGGUUCACACAGCCAGCACCAGCACUGAGAGGAACACACCCCCAGAGACGACACACACACUGUCGCACACACUAGUUCAGGCGUCGCUUACUGAGGGAUCGCUGAACCGGACCAACUUGCCCACCACAUAUCAGGCUGACUCAGCAGCCGAGCCCGCCACAGGAGAAGAUGCUCUUUCUCGGAUCCGCCGCCUAAUGGCAGAGGGAGGAAUGACGGCCGUAGUCCAGCGGGAACGCAGCACUACAAUGGCUUCUAUGGGUGGCUUUGGAAACAACAUUGUUGUCAGCCAUCGGAUUCACCGUGGCUCACAGACCUCAGUCAGGACAACUCAGGUGGGAAACCCAACCUCGGAAAUGCCUACUGGACAUGGUAUCUCGACUCUUUUUCACACUGAACCCUUGGUAGACACUCUAGAAGCUCCUGGCCCGUCUGGGUCCAGUGGUGCCCCAUUUCCGUCACGGUUUACAACUCGUUCUGAGGUCGGGGGGGCAUCUUCUAUGGUUGAGACGGACGUGUUUGGUGAUCGUCAAGCUGAUGAUGUUCAGCAUCACCCAUCCGUGAGCGGUUUGGACAUGUCCAACCGUAGCAACAACAAUAACAAUGACCAUAGCAACAGCUACAGUGAAAGCCGAAGCCGAGAUUACCCUGAUGACCUGUACGGCAGAUAGUCUUAAGUCUGCUUUUCACAGAGACGAACAUCUCAACUGGUCUGCAUGGUGCUGGAGCAUUUCGUGGUGGACCCUUUGUUACACACAGAGCAUAGCAUUUAGGGCGGAGCCACUGAACUUCCUGCAUCAGUUCUGACUCCUCCCACUCUGGCCUUAUUUGGGAAUGAAUGAGUGCCAAGUUUUUAAUGGCAUCUCCUUAACCGGGAGACACCAGCCUCACCUUUUUUGUCAAAACAACAGAUUCUUGCUUUGGGGAAGCAUCAUUAUUGCACUUGCGUGUUGCACUUAAGUUAUAAUUUUUCUUCCUUUCAAGGUUGAGUCUCAGACAUUUCAUCAUUCCAUGCGAGAAAAGGGCAUCAUACUUGAAUCCUUCCCGUACUUCAGUACGGAAUAACACGGUUGUAUUUAAAGGGUUACUCUACCCCAAAAUGAAAAUGUUGUCAUUAAUUACUCACACUCAUGUCAUUCCAAACCUGUAAGACCUUACUUUUUUUGGUAAAGUAUUCUCUUAGCUUCAUAAAAUGAUGGUUGAACCUCUGUCACAUGGAUUAUUUUACUGAUCUCCUUGCCUACAUUUCUGGGUGUUGAUGGUCUUACUUACAUGGCUGUCUUUGGGAGUGUCAGAGAGCCAUCAGAAUGCAUCAAAAAUCUCUUUAAUUUGUGUUCUGAAGAUAAACCGACGUCUUGCGGGAUUGGAACUACAUGAGGGUGAGUAAUUAAUGACUGACUUCUUUGGAAUGGAGUAACCCUUUAACCACCCUUUCAAGCUCUUGGAAAUAUCAUCAGCCAAUAGAAGUGCCAGAUGAGGCUGGAGGCGUGUCCUUAUGAUUCCUUUGGAUCCCAUGGGGUCUGUUGUCUUCAGGACAUUUCGGUUUGAGGAACUGUAAAACAGUACAGGCUCUUCACAUCUAAACACUAACUCACACAACAUCCUCUAACGGUUUUUGUGUUUAAAUUCAAAGAUUAUUCUUGACGUGAUUGUUUUUUGUGCGCGAUAAUGUGACUUUCAGUGGUCAAGUCAUUCUGUUGAUCAAUAUCUAGAACAAUGUCUGCUUUGAAGUUCUCAGACUGGAAAAACUCGUCUGCGUGAGCGUGUGUCCUACUAAACUUCCAGUUGGCGAAUUUUAUGAUGGUUUUAAUUUGAAUUUAUUUAUCUGUUUGAAAACUACUCUUCUAAAAGCAUGUCAUCUGUAAUUGUCUGUCGGAUAAAAAGCAGUUCGGGAACCCUCAAGGUAGUUCAGAGCUCUCAUAUCUGCAUGUAUGUCCAGUUCCAGAGCUUUUAUACAAGGAGGCGGGCUGAAUCUGAAUGUGUAAGGCGGGGCUUAAGCAAAUUAACAUAUAGGCUGUAGAACGCACAUGCGCAUGUGAAAUUUUGGUACGCUGAGCAGUUUUUAUUGGGCUUUUAUACAUUUGUGACCAUUAACUUGUGUGUAGGAGUCAGUUCACGUUUAUUGUUGCAACCCUCGCAAUUUAAAACAAUGCAUUUUUACUAAUCCUACUGAUAUAAUUUCCUAAAAAAUACAUUAAUACUCAGAAAUGAAAUGUAAGAUGGUUAAAAUCAUUGUGCUACAUCAUUUCCACGCUUUAAAUGCAACACUUUUUUCACGCGGUUUAGCCAAUUUGCCAUUAAUUAACCUCAAAUUAGCUAAUUGGCUGAUGGUUUCAUUCCAUUCUACCAAUCACAACAAGCCGCUUAUGAUUGCAAUUGAUUGCACUUAAGCGCCCUUUUCUUCUGCACUGAGAACAGCAUUACAGACGAUAAACCAGAGGUAUAUCUAUCCUAGUUCUGGAUUAUGAUAAUCACUCUUGAAUAAGACGUAAUGGAGUAUAUCUUGGGCACUGGACACUUAAGAGAGAGAUGGCCUGAUACGCGCGCUGCACACUGCUGAGAGUCACAGACGACGGACACUGUCUGUAUGUGUGGACAUGUGGAUGUGUAUGUCUGUGAGUGUCCUCCACUGAACCUAGAGAGUUUUAUUAUAAAUAAAUGUAGCAUUAUAAAUGUAGAGAUGAUAAAUCGAGGAAAAAAAUGUAUCCAUAUUUCGGGAAGGUUUUCUUUUUUUUUUUUUUAUAUGACGUUUGCCUUGUGAGCUCUGUUGUGCUUGUUUAGAUUCUCGUGUACGAUUGGUGAACACUAGCGAUUUGAGUUGUCAAUGCAUUUGCAUAUGCACAGGCCUUUCAUCAAUAAGCAUUUAUAAAAAAAAUAUCUCCCUCUGCUUUUGUGUAAAUUAUUUUAUUUUAGCUGCUUGGCUUGAAUUUGUAAUUUUUUUUUUUUUUUUUUUUUUUUUUUGUAAAAAAAACAAAACAAAACAAAAAAUGGUCUCCAAUAGGAAUGGUUUGUGUUUUUGGUUGUAAGAUUCUUUGGAUUUUGGUCUCAUCACAAAAAGUGGCAGCUGAGGAACCUCUCGGAAACCACAUAACCCUUUGGUCUUUUUCCACGAGUUCAGUGCCUUGGGGAAUCUUCUCCUUACUGAACCACAAAAGCUGUUCUGGUGUGCGUCAAAGCCAGAAUAGGUUCUUCAUAAGCCUUUUGACUGUUGAGUGUUUCAGUUAUUAGUAGAAAUAUUGGUAAAUCUGAAGUCUGGUUCUGUUGGCUGUCAUUUCGAUUAUUUAUUUUACCCUUUGUGUGAAUGACAAAUGCAAUCCUGAUUCAAAAAAAUGCUUCUAUUAUAAUAGAGAAGGACCUUUUUACGUUCUACUCCAAGGACAAACCUUUUCCUGAUUUUACUCAUUUCUGACCAUAUGCACAGAUAAUUUUUAUGAAGUUGUUUCAUGCAGGGCUUGUUUUAGACUUUUUGGCCUCCUGACAAUUCAUUUGUGCUAACAAGAAUAGCUGACGGUGACCGAAAGUGUGAUAUUUUAAAACUGUUAUUGUGUUCUUGUUGGAUGUGUGGUUAUGUAUAUGCUCUCACUGCUGGAUCGGUAACCCUAGCUGAAAUCAUGAUGGUGAAAAAGAUCAGAAUUCAACUUCCUUUUCUGACCAGACUAGAGGGAUGUGUUGUUAUGGCUUACCAUAAAUGUGUAGUUGGUUCUUUAUUUAGUGAAAAUGAGGAUUAGGUGUUGUAAAAGAAUUUUGUAGGACACCAAAGAUCCUGUGGUAAUGAGGAUUAUGAGAGUUUCAAUAAAAUGGGAAUAUGGAAAUUC